AUGCAAGAGCUGAGAAUUUUUGGGCGAUACGAAUUUAUGGUGGUGCAUCUAUGUGUGGCGAGGACGGCGAGGAAGAAAGCGAUAAGAUCGAGAACCAACACGGUGACAAUCAGCAGCGUGGAAGCCAUUAUUGCUAAUGUUAUCUAUCUCCGGCGGGAAGUCAAAUCAGGGUUUGAAGAAACAGAGGAGACAAAUGCAUUAGGAGGAAGGCCAUUAGCUAAGGCCCAAGGCAAGCUCGAAAUGUGGAAACACCGAAACAGUGAAAUGGGACCUUUACUCCAAGCUGAGAUGAAGAGGAAGAAGUGGAAGAUGAAAUUUUUUUAA